AUGUGGAGAAAAUCUCCUACCAACCCCCCAUCAGGCCGUGAUGAUCACCCGUUUCAGUACCCAUCCUCCGAUGCUCCUGCUGGCCCUAGCGCUACAGCUGCAGCUUACAGCGGCGCUGCUCGUCGUUCUCCUUCGCCUGCUGCGUACGGGGAUACGUACCCAAGCACUGCAGCUGCAGCCGCAGCUUACACCGGCGCUGCUCGCCGUUCCCCUUCCCCUGCAGCUUACGCCUGUGCCGCGCGUCGUUCCCCCUCCCCUGCUGCGUACGGAGAUACGUACGCGUACGAGGAUGCUGACGUGGCGGGCGGCGGCGGGCUGCUUCCCUGGAAAGGGGAAGAUUCUCUAAUGAUAGACCGCUUUGAUGUCAGGCAUCUAUUGGACGAUCUUAAAACUAUCAGGCGGAAAAAGGGGGGACGAGGAGGGGGGAGAGGGGGAGGGGACGCAGGGGAAGGUGGGGAGGAGGAGGAGAUGGAGAAGGAGAGAUAUGUAGAGCUGGAUAUGGUUGAGAAAGAGGAGAGGCGGAAGGCAGCAGCGGCAGAGGCGCAGAAAAAAGAGGAAGCGGCUGGGGGGGCGGAGGAUGUGUGGGGGAGGGCAGCUAGGCGCAGAGGAGGAGGAUUCGCCGUGGCAGCGGCAGCAUCAGAGAAUGUUGCUGGGCAUGGGCAGGGUACGAGGCUUGUGCUUUCUGGGAACCACAGCUUGCAUGUGUUCUUCCAGCAGCAGUUCUCUUCCGGCGUAUCUUUGCUCUCCUUGUGUCUCUUCCGCCUCUGCUCCUCCCGCUUCACUUCAAUCCUCCCUUUUGUUUCUCCCUUCUUCUUGCGUUCCCUCUCCUCCCCCCGUCUUCUUUUCUCUCCCUUCACUCGUCCAGCGUCCCAGACGCCCACUCGCCCCGCCUAUGCAGCUGUCGCCUUCAACUACGCCUCCUCUGCAGCCCCUGAUGAGCAGCAAGGAACCCUCCCAUCGUCUCCUCACAAGGCUGCUUCUGCUGGUGAAGGUGGUGAUGCACAAGCAUCAGCAGGAGCAGCUGCAGCAGCAGCAACAACAGGAGAAGCAGCAGGGGAAGGCAAAGGCAGCGGUGUUGUACCGCCCUUUGCAGUGCCCCCAGAGCUUCAGCAAUGCCUGCCCCCAACAGAAAAGGUGUACACCAUAAUGGCCCGCACAGCAUCGUUUGUGAGAAAGGCGGGCGCACAGGCAGAGAUCGUGCUGCGAGUGAAGCACAAGGGCAACCCCCCCUUCGCCUUCCUCUCCCCUGACCACUCCUUACCUUAG